CUCCUCUUUCCAGACUCCAAUGUCAAAAUUGCCGACCCGUCUUCAGACCUUUCGAAAAUCCUAUUGGAAGCAGAAUUAUUGUGUGAUUUCCGUACUCAGAUACGGUGUCGCUUUCAGCUUCUUUUAAUCACUCUAAGGUUAUCGGGAGACUGGCGCGACCUUUACAGCAUGUUAAAACUGCAAGAGAUCGAUUGCGGUAAUUUUAUUGAAUCGCUACAUACUUGGAACUUGUUCGCUUCAUGGACCCUUGGGGUUCCAAUUUCGGGAUUCAACCUGUCAAAAUUGAACUCCUCGGAAACGCUAAAUCUCGACAGAAAUAUUCUUUUCUUAUCUCUCAUAAAGACCCUGGGAUGGCCCGAUCAGACUUGGAUAGAACUAUUGCGGUCGCACUAUUCAAAGACGAAGCCUCUCGGCUUGCAUUUGGCUUGGGAUGUAUAUGGGGAUGGUAAUGAUUUGCUCAUCAACAUACCUAACUGCACCUUCUGGUCUGAAAAUAAUAAGAACCAGCUUCUGGCGUAUGAAUGGGAUAGCAAUACGAAACGGAAAACCCUCGACCUCUUAGGGCUUUCAGCUGCCUUGAAAUCAGAGAUACCCGACUUCGUUCAACACAAUCGACGACCCCGUUCCGAUUCCUUUCCUCCCAAUUUUCUGGAGCGAGACUAUGAGCCAGAGGCCAAAGCGAUGCAUCGACGGGCGCUAGAAGGAUAUGAAGAGGAGCUGGAACGUGAGCAUUCUGACACGCUCAUCAGUGUCGGCAACCUUGCCAAUGUGCUUGAAGAUCAUUCCAAUCGAGCCGGUCAGUUGAGUAACCUUGGAAACCAGCUCAGCCGUCUAUUCGAACGAACUGGCUCAAUGGACGAUCUUAACCAUGCCAUUGAGGUUGCAGGUUUAGCAGUGGAUGCUACGCCUAAGGACCACCCUGACCGAGCUGCCCGGUUGAACAACCUCGGGAUCUGGCUCGGUCGUCGAUUCAAACAGACUGGCUCAAUAGACGAUCUUAACCGAGCCGUUGAGGUUGCAGAUUUAGUUGUGAAUACCACGCCUGAGGACCACCCUGAUCAAGUUGCUUGGUUGGACACCCUCGCAAAUAGGCUCGGCUGGCGAUUUGAACUGACUGGUUCAACGGACGAUCUUAACCAUGCCGUUGAGGUUGCAGGUUUAGCAGUGGAUGCUACGCCUAAGGACCACCCUGACCGAGCUGGCCGGUUGAAGAAGCUCAAGCACUGGCUCGGCCGAAGAGACCCCGAUGAUUCUAGUGAUCAGACCAUCAAUCUCUGGGAUGCCCAGACCGGCGAGCCCCUGCAGACCCUCAAGGGCCAUUCGGAUUCUGUUUACACGGUAGCCUUCUCUCCGGACGGGAAGCGGAUUGUAUCAAGCUCUAGUGAUUACACCAUCAAGCUUUGGGAUGCCCAGACUGGUGCUGAGCUGCGAACCCUUAAGGGCCAUUCUAGUAUAGUUUCCUCGGUGGCCUUCCAUCCGGAUGGGAAGCAGAUCGUGUCAGGUUCUGAUGAUCAUACUAUCAAGCUCUGGGAUGCCCAGACCGGCGAGCCCCUGCAGACCCUCGAAGGCCAUUCGGAUUCCGUUUACACGGUAGCCUUCUCUCCGGACGGGAAGCAGAUCGUGUCAGGUUCUGAUGAUGGAACCAUCAAUCUCUGGGAUGCCCAGACCGGCGAGCCCCUGCAGACCCUCGAGGGCCAUUCGGAUUCCGUUUACACGGUAGCCUUCUCUCCGGACGGGAAGCGGAUCGUGUCAAGCUCUAGUGAUUACACCAUCAAGCUUUGGGAUGCCCAGACUGGUGCUGAGCUGCGAACCCUUAAGGGCCAUCCUAGUUUAUUUUCCUCGGUGGCCUUCCAUCCGGAUGGGAAGCAGAUCGUGUCAGGUUCUGAUGAUGGAACCAUCAAGCUCUGGGAAGCCCAGACCGGUGCUGAGCUGCGAACACUUGAGGGCCAUUGGGAUUCGGUUUGGUCAGUGGCCUUCUCUCCGGAUGGGGAGCAGAUCGUGUCAAGCUCUAGUGAUUACACCAUCAAGCUUUGGGAUGCCCAGACUGGUGCUGAGCUGCGAACCCUUAAGGGCCAUUCUGGUAUAGUUUCCUCGGUGGCCUUCCAUCCGGAUGGGAAGCAGAUCGUGUCAGGUUCUGAUGAUCAUACUAUCAAGCUCUGGGAUGCCCAGACCGGCGAGCCCCUCCCCUAGAGGGCCAUUUAAAUUUGUUCUCGAAAGUCUUGUCAGACUAUACCUAUAUUAAGCCUGAACAAGGCCUUCCGAUAUCAGUUGACCAUUCUUGGGUGUGUCUAGAAAAAGUUGUAUGGCUUUCUCCUGAAUUUCGUCAACCUCUGUCAUGAUAUCAAACAUGAUAUACUGGCUAUGGGGUGUGGGAUAUUAUUGGACCUUCUGCAUCUUUCGGUUGAGUCCAUUCUUUGUCACCAGUCUUGAGCAAAACAUCAAAGUCGA